AUGAGCUAUUAUAAUAGAAUCUUCAUUAAAUCUAUAUUAAAAUAUUUAUUAUUAUUUGACUUUUGGAAUAUAUAUCUUAUAUUAUCAAUUUUGCUUUUAGACUCAAAAAAAGAGAUUAUCAAAUGCUUAAUACUUGAAGUUCUAUAUACAUAUCGAUAUUUCAUAUACUAUAAAUCUGAUUCCAAUAUUACUAUGAAGAAAAGGCUUUUAUUAGAAACAAUAAUAUAG